AUGAAGAAAGGUAUGCUUAACAACAUGUUCCGCAAGGCAAGAACCGUUUGUAGUGGACCUGAGGAGAGAAAGGAAUUGUUAACUUUGGCUCACGAAAUUGCUGUUUCGAAUGGUUAUGAAAUCCGAACGUCUGAAACGAGACGAUACCGAAGUGAACGAGCACGGCAAUUGGAAAACCCCACCACAGAUAGGAUACCCCUCUGCUUUCCUUACAUCUCCGAUGAAAUGAGCGCUGCCAUUAGGCGGUGUCUGAGUAGAGCAGACCUGGACAGCUCCGUUUCGGUCAUUGAAGUAUCACCGAACAAUUUGAAACGUCAGCUAGUUUGGAAUCGUUCGUACGAUACCAUCUGUACAACACCGAAUUGUAUUAUUUGUCCCACAGGUAGACCAGGGGACUGCUUGGGACCUGGGGUCAUCUACCUGAUUUCGUGCACGAACUGUGGCGACGAGUAUGCCGGUGAAACGAUAACGCGGGAACUCGUGCCAUAUCUCGAAUGGUUCUUCCGAUCCGAAUGUGACAUUCGAACCAUUCGCCAUCGUGAUCGACCAGUCAGCGAUCCAUGCUAG